GUUGAUGGAACCGUCAGAAUUAUGUGUUAUUAUUAAUUACUAAUUACUAUAUAAUCAGCUAUGAGUCUACCAAAAAUGGAUGUCCAUGACGCGACGUUUGUGACAGCGUGACAAGUGACAACAAAAACAAACAUAACCUCAAAAGUCAUAAAUCCACUGAGUAUGGGUACAAAUGACAAAUCGCCAUAGUUUUAGCAUCUAUCACAAAAACAACACAGGAUGAAAUGUUUAUGAAAACAAGUGAAAAGCCACUAGUUUUCAAAAUACGACUUUUAAGGGAAAGGAGUGAUAAUUGAAACUGGAUAGUGUUCACUAGGCCCAUUACAAAUCAUAAAAUGGAUGCAUGUAACUUAUGUCUGCAGAAUACAUAUCAACUUGUCGACUCAGAAGUCUCAAGAAGACUGAGUGCUUGCAUUAAAUUCUCCAACUAUCUGGUAACAAAUUCCACUUUUCGUAACGAACCGAUAUUUAACUGUUACUUUCCAGCCUAACAUACCACAUCAAAAACACAUGUUCGCUUGUGAGCUAUGUUUACAGAAUUUCAGCACUUUCAUAGAAUUCCACGACAUGGUAGUUGCAACAGAAUCGAAAAUAGAAUUUGUGCUGAAAGAACUCUCCUGCCAGAAGGUUAACCUCAAAAGUAUCUGUGAUGGGGCGAACAUGUUAGACAAGCGUCAGCACUGCAGAGUAUGCCUGAAUCCGGUCAAAUGGCUUGGGAUAUAUCUCUACAAGAACGACACGAACAUUCUUGAUUUUUCAAUACUCAAAAAGAUGUUCACAUACUGCAAUCUGAAUUUGGUAUGUGUUUUAUGCGACAAUCUUUUGUUUCAGAACCGCCUAUGAUAGCAACCUUUUUGUUCAUGUAUUGCAAUCUGAAUUUGAUGUGUUUUAUGUGGGUGGUAGUCUUUUGUUUCAGAACCGCCUAUGAUAGCAACCUUUUUGUUCAUGUACUUCAAUUGUUUCUACUCUGGGCAUGCCAGUUUGAACCAACAAAUUUGAAUAGAUUAGAAGGGAAAGUACAAAUUUAAGGUCAGAACUGUCAAAAAUCAAAUAUGCACUUUCAUUCUGACUACACACAAAUUUUGGAGACAUACAAAUCUAGUCUGAAUUCUUUUUUUUUACCAAAAGAUAAACCAGAUCCCCUGUUGGCACUCUAUUCAUUUUUUGCAUACUUAGGCUGAUAUUUUGUAGGAUUUUGAGGUGUCAGACCGCCCGGUUCUAUGUAGGCAGUGCUUCGAAAGACUGCAAAUAACCUACAAUUUCAAAAAAACUAUAACCGAAGCUUUUGAGGGAAGUAUAGAAUCAAUAGAAGAUGGCUUCGAAGAGCCAACUGUUUCUGAUCCAGAAGUUAGAGUGAGAAAUGAUUUGAUGUAUCAACUUGAGGAACACAAUUAUAGUUCAAGACAAAUUUCUGCGGAGUCAGAUCCAAAGUUAAAAUGCAAUGCAGUAGUUGUGCUAGAACGGCUUCCUGAUAUUGUGCCUAAUCCGGUGUAUCAGAGGAGGAGGAGAAGAAGAAAAGGUCAAAAGAGUCAGUCUAGGUCAUAUCUGAACAGAAACUGCAAGCUGAAAUCAAAUCAUGAGACUGAAAACAAUAGUACUCGGGAGGAAUCUAGAUUGACCCUAUCUGCUAAUAGUCAAACUAGCAAUCACAGAGGAGAGCUUGAAAAUGACCAACUGGGCCAUGGUCGUGUUUAUAAUAAUGAGGAUUUGAUACUUCUUCAGUUAUACUACACCCACACGAAAUUGGAAACGGAUUUUCCAACUGGGUAUUGGGAAAAUAUUGCCUUUGACUGGAGGUCGAUCACACGGAAAAUCAAAGGACAGUUACAGUUGAGUAGAAAAGUAUAGGCUACUAAGUAAAAGUUUGAUUCCACAAAAUGUGAUAGACAGGAUAAAGAACGAUGUGAAAAAAAAAUUGGAAAUGCAACUAAAUCAACAAAGUGCUACAGAAGAGUCAGAUAGAUUAUAUAACCAGGCUUCUGAUAACUCUGAUAAUACAGGAGAGUGUAGCACCAUAGUAAUAAAGCAGGAGCCGCCAUGUGAUAUGGAUAUUGAAAUCUGGUUCCCCGAACCAAAAGUAGAACCAUCAUCAGAUUCCGAGACGGAAUCUGCCGAUUCGCCACCACAAUUGGAUAGAAUGGAUAUCGCUACAAGCAGUUCAUAUGUCUUAUCCGUGCAGAAACGAGCGCUAGGGGCAUGUGGAACUGAUCAUACAAGAGGAUUUCAGAUGUAG